GUCAAGGUCCAAGCAAAGCAUCAAGCAGAGACCGCGUGCGAUCCAAGCGCAGCAGCAGCAGCAGAGCGAAGUCGCCGGCGGAGAAGGAGGAGGACGAUCCAAGAUGUCGUGGCAGACGUACGUCGACGACCACCUGAUGUGCGAAAUUGACGGCCAGCACCUCACCUCCGCCGCCAUCAUCGGCCACGACGGCAGCAUCUGGGCGCAGUCCCCCGACUUCCCCCAGUUCAAGCCUGAGGAGAUCGCUGCCAUCAUGAAGGACUUUGAGGAACCUGGAACCCUCGCACCUACUGGUCUUUUCCUUGGAGGCACAAAAUACAUGGUGAUCAUGGGUGAACCUGGGGUUGUCAUCCGAGGAAAGAAGGGCACUGGUGGCAUUUGUGUCAAGAAGACCUGCCAGACAAUGAUUCUUGGCAUCUACGAUGAGCCCAUGACUCCUGGCCAGUGCAAUAUGGUCGUGGAGAGGCUUGGCGACUACCUGAUCGAGCAGGAAUUCUAAGCCCUGAUAUGUUUAUUUUUGUCAUCUGGGACUAAGUAUGCUCCUCGUUUGGUCGAGUAACCUGUGGGCUUGCAUAUGCUCGGCGUAUUGCAUGAUAUAUGCGGUGAAUAAUUUAGCUUGGGGUUUGUUGGUUGGUGUCGUGUCGGGAAAACAAGAAGAUUUACUUGGGGUUUUAUGUUUGACAUCGUGUCGUAUCAGACUCAGCUACCUUUUCACUGAGUUAUGUACAUUUGCCUGGUCAUGGUAACUUGUGGGAUUCCUGCUGUUUGCGUAUUGAAAAUGAUUGCAUUUUUACU